CAAUGCUGUCUGCUCUUUAAAUUAGCGAAUGAUCGGUCAAACUUUGUUAAAUACCAUUUUCUGAAUAUGACAUGAUUCAUACAAACUUAUGUGUAUUCUAUUUGUAAGAAAAUAUAGGUUACAAAGAAUCAUGGCGAAAAAUAUAAACUGUUGUUUUGCAUUCAUGUGGAUUAUUUUAUUUGGACAAGGAUACUCAGAUUUGCAGCUAUUUUUUACAAAAAAACAUCAUAUAUGGUCAAGAUUAUCUGUACGUCCAGUUCCGAUCCGUCCAAACAUUAACGGAUGUUACAGUCAACAAAUUGAUUGUUCAAAAAAACAAUUCAGCAACUUUUGAUGACAUCUUCGAAACAAAUUUCAACAGCAUUAUGUGGAAAGAUAGUAAAAUGCAACAACGAUUCUGUGUAGAAACAUGGAGUGGGGUAUGUGCCAAUGUUACGGAUAUGCAUAUAUCCAAAGACAAUGUUAACUGUGAAGAUACUGGCACAUAUAGAGGAAUUUUAGAACUCUCAGAUGGAUCAAAUAUAACAGAACUGGCGCAGUUGGAGGUAAAAGUUGUGCCUGAUAGAAUAGAACCAAUAGAAUUGGUUAGCGGUCAGAAUGAUUCUUUGCCAUUUCGUAUGCAUUCUAAACUCGUCCUCCUGUGUACUGGCAGUGUAGGAGAUCCACCAACGGACAUCCACUGGUGUAUCAAACGUUCAACGGAGGGUUUUUCAAAACUGUAUGAUAUCCAAGAAGAUAUCAGCAAUGGGAUACCGUAUCUGGUUGGUUGCCAGUAUAUCCAGACAUCAAACAUCACAUAUGUAGUUUCAAACAAGGACAGCCACACUCUUCUUAGAUGCUAUGCAGGAGAUUCUCACCAAUGUAAUAACAAUCUAAUACCGUAUGAGGAGUUCUUAGUUCAAAAAGAUUCUACCAAUGCUGGAAACAAUAUUGACUGCGCACCCUUAACGUUUGUUAUGUGCAUAUUCGGCAUGAACUUGCUGAAACAACUUUAAAGAAUCAAGCUCGUUGUGUCGUGUACAUGCCAUUUAUUUUGUUGGUAGCAACAAACAUGAAUUUAGACAGUUAUAAUGUAAAUUGUCUUUAAAGACUGCAUAAGUAAAAGUAACAAUUGACGCUAAAGAACAUUUAACAUUUUGUUAAAAUGUAUUGAAUUAUUAUUAAUAUGUAUUGUGGAUUAACAAGUACUAAUUUUACCACUGGUAUGUUAUAUACUAACAUUAACGAGGAUAAGGCACCGGAACUUUACCGUUUUUAUACUAAAAUGGCCAGCAUUGCAAAAAACAAAAAUAAUAUAAGGGUAAAAUGAUUGUUUUUUCUUUCUAUUAUUUAAAAAAAAGUUAAAUCACAGAAACAUAACUGUUUAUAAUGUUGAUCUUCCUACCAAUUGGCCAUACACGUCAAACUAUCAGUCGUCUUUUUAUUUGAAAUAUUGCCAUUCAUUUUUAUUUUAAAUGUAACCAUUUUUUUAAUGUUUACCUAUUAUUUUUAAAACUAUAAUCAUCAUCAUGAUCAUAGAUAAAAACUUUACAUUUAAAAAUUGAUCAGCAAGAUAAGUUCUAUAAUUAAGUCAAGCAUCGUCAAAACUGUCAGUCGACUCAGUUUUAAGGUUAUUGACCUUUGAUGACGUUUUUUACUAUUCAUUUGUAUUUGCCUUGUUUGGCUUGGAUUCCUGGCGAUGGACAAGGCCAUUAGUUAAUUCUAAUUGGUCUAAAUAGAUGUUCGAACACCGUAUGAGCUAUGGAGUUGGGGUGUUUGGAUAGGCUUUGUCAACAUUUUAUUGAAAUAUUUUGGGAGCAGCUAGGGGCGUUUGUAGGUAUUAAGGAGUGCAAUGCCAUUGGAAUUGUUUGGGUAUAAAGCCCAUCAUAAUAAAGAAAAAGCUCAUCAUAAUAGAGAAAAAGCUCAUCAUAUUAGAGAAAUGCCUCAUCAUAAUAGUGAAAAGUCUCAUCAUAAUAGAGAAAACCUCAUCAUAAAACAGAAAAAGCUCAUUAUAAUAGAGAAAAAGCUCAUCAUGACAGAGAAAAGCUCAUCAUAAUAGAGAAAACCCUCAUCAUAAUAGAGAAAAGUCUCAUUAUAAUAGAGAAAUCCUCAUCAUAAUAAAGAAAAAGCUCAUCAUAACAGAGAAAAAUCUCAUCAUUAUAGAGAAAAGCUCAUCAUAAUAGAGAAAAAUCUCACCAUAAUAGACAGAAAUCUCAUCAUAAUAGACAGAAAUCUCAUCAUAAUAGAGAAAAAACCUUAUCAUAAUAGAGAAUACUUCAUCAUAAUAAAGAAACACCUCAUCAAAGUAAAGAAUGAAGUACUAUACGGCAGUUACGGCGUUUCAAAGCAACUUGUUCAGCAGUCGGAAUUAUAUAUCAUUUACCUUUUUUUUGUUAAAGUUUAACCCUUACGGAUUGAAAUGCUAACAUAAUAUACAUAACAUAAUACAAUAAAUGGAAACAAAUAUGCUAUACAUUGACAAUUUGUAGUUUUACUAUAAGUAACGUAUAAAUCUAUUUCAUUUUUCCGACUUAUAUUUUUUAUAUUUGUUGAGUUCUGAAAUGAAUACUUUUUCAACAAAAAAUUUAAGAAUACACAAUAAGUUUCUGUAAACGAUACCAACUUCAGAUAAACUUUGAAAAAAUUAUGUUUACACAUUUAUAUUUUACCUUAAUCUAAAUAUAAAUUCAAAGCUAAAACCUUACAAUCAUAUCCUACCUAAUGACCUUUCGAAUUAUGUUACACAAUUAUAAUAUUAUAUUUCAGUAAUGUGUUACUGAUACAUGUAUGAUUUUUAUUUCAAAUUACAGUUUUUGUAAUAUUUGUCUCUCAAAUUGAUCAACAUCGAGCAUCAUCAUGAGGGUACUACGUAAUUCUAUCUCCAAACCGUAAACAAAAGAACGAUGGGUUUAGAAGUGAAUUAUUUUAAGAUAAUGA